AUGAGAUUUUGGUCUCAAAAUCUUUUUCAAGUCAUGAAGCUAUUUGCUCCUGGAGAGCUAAUUAUCUCAUUUGAUAACAGCGUUGUUAUGGAUGAUAGUGUAAUUGAUGACAACGAUGACUAUGAAGAGAAAAUAGAAAGAUUGUUAACUUUUGAUAAGAAUGGGCAAGUGAACGGAGUAUCUUUUCCCGAUAAAUUAAUAAUGAUUGCAAAUCAUCAGAUUUAUGCGGACUGGAUUUAUAUCUGGUUUUUAGCUUAUUUAUCAAAAGCACAUGGUGCUUUAAAGAUUAUGCUUAAACAUAGUUUAAGUCAGAUCCCUAUUUAUGGCAUGCGUAGACUUGAACAUGAUAAAGAUAAUAUUGUUAAUAAUCUUUUAAAGACUAAGGAGAGAGAUAGACCUAUGUGGCUUGUAUUAUUUCCAGAAGGCACAGUUAUUUCUGACAAUACACGUGAAAAGUCAAAAAAUUAUGCAGCUAGACUUAACAUGGAAGAUUUCAAAUAUUCUCUUUUACCUAGAACAACUGGAUUAUUACUUUGUAAGGAAACAUUAGGUAAUAGCGUAAAAUGGUUAUAUGAUCUUACAAUUGCAUAUCCUGGUAUUGAAACUGGCAAGAAUCCUGAAGAUGUGAUGACAGUAAAACGUAUUUUCUGUGAAGGAAAUGGGCCUCAUAAAAUCCAUAUCUUUGUACGUCGUUAUCGCCUUGAUUUGCUACCCAAAGAGACUGAAGAAUUUUCACAAUGGCUAUUACAGUUAUGGGCAGAGAAAGAUAAAAGACUCAUCUACUUUAAUAAUUAUGGUAAAUUACCUGAAGAGGAAGAUAAACUAAUCAAGACUGUGGCGGUACCUAUCAAGUUAAAACAUACAUUUAGAGAAUGUUAUGCUUAUUUGAUUUAUUUAAUCUUUUACAUCCCCAUUUUUUAUCUUCUUUCUUUGAUUAUUCAUUACAUCUAUAUAACUUUAAUUUAA